AUGGAUAACGACGACUAUUCCUCUGGCCGAGGAAGAAAACGAUCAAGAAAUGAUGAUGAUUAUGGAAGCUCUCAGGGACAAUCGCGCGGAUACAAACGACAAAACUAUGGUAGCUCCGGAAGCUAUCAGAGCGGUGGUGGUCGUAUCAGAUCUCGAUCACAAAGUCGGUAUAGUAGACCUCCACCACCGCCCCCUCCUUUGCUUCUCAAGGUUCGCACCUUCAUUGCUCGAAUAGCUGAAGAUUCCAAGUAUCCAGUGUCCGCUUCUGUCGGGUAUCUGGGCAAGAAUCUUGUAGAUCUUGCCGAGUCUGAGCGAUUACCUGCAUUUGACACGAUGCAAGCUACUAUUCUCGAACAACCUCACAAAGCACCACUUCUUUCAUGCGCAAUCCAGGUUGCAAACAGUAUAAACUCAGCUAUUGGAAAAAUUGCUAUUGAAUCUUUCCACAUGCGUCUGCAAAAUGCUGUUAACGAUAGCGACUGGGCUUUGACAAAAGCUCUUACACGGUUUCUUGUGUGCCUUUACCCCAUUAUCUCCGAAGGUGAGCCCAUUCAACAAGAAAAUGAACAAGAUGCAGAAGAAGAAUCAUCAAAAACAAGUGAUCCGUCACAAUCAGGUGCAAUCAAGCUUUUAAAUACGCUACUUGAUCGUGCAAUUGCCAUGCAAACUCUCAAAGGUUCCAUGCGAUGUCCGCUUGCUGAAGAAUUCUAUGCAACCGCCGUGCUUUCAAUUCCAUAUCUUUGCUCGUCAAUCAUAUUGAACGUUUCUCCUCCUGAAACUAAGGCCACUAUUGUUCAACUAAUUGAAAAAUCGCGAGAGUUUAUUGAACUCUACCGAAAAACGAAAAGUGUCAUUAAUCGUGCAAUCAUCUACCCCUUUGUUGACCAUCCUACUACUGAUGAAGAUGCUUCUGAUGCUGGGGAAAAAGCACCAUACACGCCACCCCUUUAUAUCCAUGCAAUUGCUGAAGCUAUUGACCGAUUUGAAGAAAAUGGACUUGAAACGAGAUCGUUCAUUCAUCUUCCACGUCUUAUUGAACUGGAUAUUUCUAAAGAUGCACCAAUUGUACGUCACUCUUUUCCUGCAGUUCAUUUUGCAGAACCAGAAUCUUUGAUUCUUUCCCCUUACUAUGGUCCUUAUGGUGGUCCUGCCCCCAGACUCUUUUUAACAGUCUAUCUCCCCAACCGUGGCUUAGAGACAGUUCCUCCUCCUACUACAAUAGAAGCUGUGGUUUUCCGUGAAAUUACUCAGGAAACCAUCAAUUUCAUGGAUUUCAACCCUAAUGAAGUGGCACAUCAGUUACUAACUUUUGACUGGUACGCAUCUAAAACAGCUUUCACAACACCUGGAAUCCCAAUUGAAAAUCUCAUUAGUCUUCAUGAGACUGCACCUUCUGCUUCCACUUGGAAGAGUGAAGACCUUUGUAUGGACUCCAUUUUAGAUAUUCUUAUGAGACUUCCUGGUAACUUUAAAGAAUAUGAUCAGAUUCUUACUAACGACAAUCUUCAACAAAAUGAAGAUGGUUCCGUUACGGUGAUGAGACGCAACAGUCCUCUCAGUUUACGCAACGUUUACAUGCACAUCAUUAUAAUUAAAAUGUGCAAGUUUUCUUCCCAAACAGUGGCCAAUGUUCUUGGUCGUGCAAUUAGAUUUUUAUAUGAUAACAUUGGCACUCUCGAUGUUGAGCUUAACCACCGCAUUAUUGAUUGGUUUUCUCACCAUUUGUCCAACUUUUUAUUUACUUGGACUUGGCAUGAAUGGAUGUACUUCAUUCACUUGCCAGAUCUUCACCCCAAGAAAGUUUUCAUCCAGCAGCUAAUUCUUAAGGAGGUUCGUCUCAGUAAUGUUGAACGCGUGAGAGUCACACUUCCUGUUGACGUAGCACGCAGAUGUCUUCCUGAGGUUUUACAAGCCCCCACAUCUAAAUGGCUUUUGGAGUCUUCUCCAUGUGCUGAAGAAAUGGCUCGGUUCCGCGAGUUACUUACAACUGGCGGAACUAGUGCUAACCCCGGUGCGGAUGGCGCUGAUGAUGAAUCAGGGGAGUCGGGUCGCGAUGCCAUUAGCACAGUGCUUCAAGAGCUCCGUGAGAAAGCUGCAUCCUUUGCUGAUGACACAGAUCCUACUUCUGCGUUUGUCGACAUGGUUGUUUCCACUGUUUGUGAUUUGGGCAGUCGAUCGCUAACCCACGUUGAGUUACUUACUGUCCAGCUUAAGGAUAUGCUUGUUGAUGUCUGUAGUUUAGAUCCUACGGCUGCCAUUGAAUCGAUUCUUGAGUAUUGGAUUGAACAGGCGCACAUUGGUCUCCUUGUGAUGCAGAUCUUUAUCAGAAAAGGUAUUAUUGCCCCUAAGCCUUUUAUUCAACUUUUAUUUGACUACAAGCGCGGUGAUGGCGAGGAGUAUAAUGUUGAUGAAUCUGAAGAUAAAGAAGAAUUGCGAUUACAACGACAAUUGCAAGAAAUUGCAUUAAGAGCCGAGAGCUUAAAUGGCGCUCCUUACGAAGAAACUGAAGAGGACCGUGAAACUCGUCAGCGUGCAUUAGCCCUUACAAAGCGCAAGAACAGACGCAACCUUUGGCCCCAUUGGCGAUUGUUAGCAACAGCCCAUGGAUGGGAGUCUCUUACCAGCGUUCUUGAGUUUGCUCAAGAGGCCCCACCUGCUCGUUCUGGGUUAGCCCAAUCUGAGCGUGAUGAGCUUCUCAUUGAUUUGCUGACACAAUUUGCUCGUCUUAUCAAUGACAUGGAUGAGGAUGCUCGUGUGGCUACUGAGCUUGCAGAAGCAUCAGAUAAGGCUGCAGCAGAACAAAAGGAAGAAGCAGCACGGUCUGGUCGUGACCGCGAUGACGAUGACGUACACAGCGACGUUGCAGCAGAUGGAGAAGAUGUUGUAAUUGAGGAUGAAGGUGAUGUUGUAGUUGGCCGUGACGGUGAUGACGGUGACCGCAGUGAUGGCGAGGAUGGUCGUUCUCGUCGUCGUAGACGUGGAAGCUACGAUAAUGAUUAUGCUUAUCGUGACCGAUAUAGUGACGAUGAAGACGACCGCUCGCGGUACCGCGAUGAUCAUGGAGGCAAUUCACGGCGACGUGGUGCCAGCCCUGAAGCUGGAAAUGCUUCUGCUGGAUACGAUGCAUAUUACACCUCACAAUGGGAGGACAGCGGUGCUCCUUACAGACACAUCAAGACCGAACAGCUUGCUCGAAGUAAGGAAUCACGAGACGCUGAGAGCAAGCGAUGGGCUUUGUGGUGGGCUCGAGGUGUUGCCAAGGCUCUUGUCCGAAGAUAUCACAUUUGGUUCAAGAGAGAAGAGGUUGCACAGGGCAGUGUUGCUGCCAUUAAGGGUAUUGUGCAGGAUGAAGCUGAUGCAGGAGGUGUUGUACUUAAGUACUUAGAAGAAAUUAAUGCAAUUUAA